GUGGUUCUGUCGAGGCAGCUCCAACGUUGGGGAGACAGCUCGGCCCACAGGAGAUGUGCGGGGCCGGGUUCUGCUCCUCGGGUACGAAUCCUGCGCAAGCCCCGUAGCUUCUCUUCGCCACACUUUCCUCUUGGGAAACUGGGAAGUAUCAGAGGACAAGAUCAAAUUCAGGGAUGGGUCCAAGGAUUGAGGCUACCAUGGCCUUUUCUUCCCAGAGGACUUGGAGAGCCCUCCUUCUCCUCCAGCUCUGAGCAGUCAUCUGCAUUGGCGUCCUGGACAUCCCACGCAGCCACUGAAGGAAGGGACCAAGAUGAAUGCAGAGCCUGAGAGAAAGUUUGGAGUGGUGGUGGUUGGCGUUGGCAGAGCUGGCUCAGUGCGGAUCAGGGACUUGCGGAAUCCACAUGCUUCCUCGGCGUUCCUGAACCUGAUUGGCUUCGUGUCCAGACGAGAGCUCGGGAACAUUGAUGAAGUCCAGCAGAUUUCUUUGGAAAAUGCUCUUUCCAGCCCAGAGGUAGAGGUUGCUUAUAUCUGCAGUGAGAGCUCCAGCCAUGAGGACUAUAUCAGGCAGUUCCUUAAUGCUGGUAAGCAUGUCCUUGUGGAAUAUCCAAUGACACUGUCUUGGGAAGCAGCUCAGGACCUGUGGAAGCUGGCUGAGCAGAAAGGAAAGGUCUUGCAUGAGGAGCAUGUUGAACUCUUGAUGGAGGAGUUUGCAUUCCUGAAAAAAGAAGUGGUGGGAAAAGACCUGCUAAAAGGGUCUCUCCUCUUUACAGCUGGCCCAUUGGAAGAAGAGCGGUUUGGCUUCCCUGCGUUCAGUGGCAUUUCUCGCCUGACCUGGCUGGUCUCCCUCUUUGGGGAACUUUCUCUUAUAUCCGCCACUUUGGAAGAGCGAAAGGAAGAUCAACAUAUGAAAAUGACUGUGUGCUUAGAGACAGAGAACAAACGUCCGCUCACAUGGAUUGAAGAGAAAGGACCUGGUCUAAAACGAAACAGACAUUUAAGCUUCCAUUUUAAAUCUGGGUCCCUGGAGAAUAUGCCAAAUGUAGGAGUCAAUAAGAAUAUUUUCCUGAAAGAUCAAAACAUAUUUGUCCAGAAACUCUUGGGCCAGUUCUCUGAAAAGGAACUGGCUGCUGAAAAGAAACGCAUCCUGCACUGCCUGUGGCUUGCAGAAGAAAUCCAGAAAUACUGCUACUCAAAGAAGUAAGAGAAGGAAACAUGCGGCACAUCUAAGAUGGGACCAUAGUUUGCUUUUUAUGAAGAGUUGACCUCUAUCUCUAUUCUUACAAUUAAACAUAUCUUGGGCAAACAGGA